UUGAGCGGGGGUGACACAGGGUGAGAGAUGGGGAGAAAGAAGGUCAGGACACAAGCAGGGGUCUGUCUAAUCCGGCCCUCCUCCUCCUCAUUCCCCAUCCUGUUUACCUGCUUGAACAGUUUGAAAGAAGCUCUGUGUGUGUUCGCUUAUGAGGUAGGGGGUAGGGAGAGUAGAAAGGAGGACUGCCAUCACUUCUCAGAAACAGCAAACACACGAAAGGGAGCAUAAAGCCUGCAAGUUAUUAAGGAAGUGUUACUCAAGACCAUUGGAUCAUACGGCGCGUUCACAAACAGCACAGCUAUGCCUUGCACACUCUGGGUUGCUAUUUCAGUGUUGCUUUUGCUGCCAACCUCUGAGGCUGGAAGACAGAUGCCCAAACUCUCAGACAAGAAACUCUGCGCUGACUCCGAAUGCAGUCAUCCUAUCCUGAUUGCUCGUGCACUGCAGGACUACUACCCUGGAGACUGCAGAUUCAUCCCCAUCAGACAAGGGCAGCUCAUUUAUGUGUAUGCAAUGCUGAAGGACAGAGGGAACCUUUUCUGGGCUGGCAGUGUACAAGAUUCCUACUACGGACAGCAGGAGGCUCGCAUCGGCCAUUUCCCCAGCAGUGUGGUAGAGGAGACUCAUCCUCUCAUGCCAGCCGGCACCGAAGUCAAGACUACUAAAUGGGACUUCUACUGUAACUGAAAAACAGAACAAUCUUCAAACCAACAACGUCACAAGAUAACUUUGGCAUGUGAUUUUUCAUCUAGGUAUGCAUUGUAGAAGUAGGUUAGCAUUUCCGCUGUUGUUGUUACUCAUGCAUGUAGAAGAUAUCCCUUAAAACAACAAAAAGGUCCACAGCUGAUGUCUUAAUUAAAUGAUCAAAAGCCCUGACUGUUUAUAUCUGUUUUGAAUCCAUUCCAUGUUUUUAUCGAAUUAUAAAAGAUGAAUAAUGUUUGUAGAAAAAUAGACAAAUGUGAAUUUUAGCAUGAUUCUGCUCUAAUUCAAGCAAUCUGUAAGAUAAUUAUUUCAGCUGUGAUUGUUUGUCAGAAAAUAAAUAUUCUUAACAAGCAA